AUGGAGGACGGGGAGUAUGAGGGGGAGGACGGGGAGCACACGCCUCCCCGGCCUGUCCUACGCUCCCGAACCUCCCCUUCCGGACGGUUAUGGGGGGCAGGCGAGCUGGAUGGAGCAACAGCAGCAACAGCAGCAUCGGCAGCAGCAGGCAGAACCCCAUCUUCUGGUGCUGGCAGUGCUGGUGGUGCUGGCAGUGCUGGUGGUGCUGGCAGUGCCAGUAACGCUGCCAUUGGUGGCAGUGGUGGCAGCUACAGCGGCGGUGAUAAUUAUGGUGGUGAUUAUAACGAUGAGCCAAGGCCUGGGACGCCCCGGGGAGAGACUGAGAAAGAGGCUCGGUUGCUGGGAGCGUCUAGGUUCGGCCCGAGCCAAGGGAUGGAGGCUCGGCAAGGGGAGAGGGGUCGGCACAACAGGGGGAUGUCUUGGGCUGGUCCUGAGUUAAUGGGGGAAGGGAGUGGGGGGUUCAGAAUUUCACCUGGUGGGGGGGAUGGCAGGGGUGUGGGUGCAUGUGAUGGUGUGGGUGGGGGGGCUGAUGGUGGGGGUUAUAAUGGUGGGGGUUAUAAUGGUGGGCAGUGGCGCUACACUUCUCAUCUUGCUUCCCCUACUUCCGCCGGCCUCCCUCCCAUCCCAUCACCCUCCUCUACCACCACCUCGCGGCCCAACAUUGCGGAUCAAGUGGUGGCACUGGCAGGGCAGUGGGAGGUGCUUGCACAGAUGGGGGGGGCGAGGCAGGGGGGAGAGGGGGCAGGGGGAGCAGCAGGGGGAGCAGCAGCGGGGGCAGGUACUGCUGGGGGAGGUGGGGCUGUUAGACCGGCUCAGGCGACUGAUCUGUCCUCCCGCCCCCGGCGCACUGUGCCGAAACAUUUCCGGGCAGGUAGCUGGGAUCCGGGCAGGUUAGGCCUGAGUGAGGACUCGUUUUUGGAGAGUGUGAGAGGAGGAGGGACAGCAGGGGCAGGGAAAGGGGCAGGCGGAAAAGGAGGAGGGGGAAGCGGAGGGGGAGGGGGAGGGGGAGGGGGAGGGGGAGGUAGCAGGACUCCCCCCUUGCCUCCGGAAGGGACGGCAGCCGGAGGGAAAGGAGGAGGAAGCUUCCGAAAGGGAAUGCUGCGAAGGAAGGGGAGCGGGCAGUGGGGGGAGGGCCUUGGCGGAUGGAUGGGCGGAGGGGGAGGUGGGGGAGGAGGAAGAAGAGGAGUCGAUGGGGGAUUCGGGGCGGAGAGAGCUAACGGGGAUGAUGGAGAAGAGGAGCAAGGCAACAGCAUGGAAGGAGGGGCGCCCCUGCGCCGUGCUCUCUCCUCCACCUCCCCGGGCCUCUCCUCCUACCCCAUGGAUGCCCAUGCAGGGUUCGCUUCGGGCUUGCUCACUGCUUUCCCCGCCACUGGCUCGCCGGACCUGCCAGGCUCGGCGCCCGGACGUCGCGGUGCUGGUGAGGCUUGGCACAGGCUGCCCAAGAUGCCGUCCAGCAAUGGCCGGCUCGGCGAGGAGGGCCGGCCGGGGCUGCUGGAGGUUGGGCGGGGAGGCGGGGGGUUGGUUCGGGAUUGGAUCCUGGGGCAGGGUGCAGCAGGAGGGCAGGGAGGGGAGGGGGAGGCAGGGAGAGAGAGGGAGGAAACAUCUGGAAGAGGGGGAGGAGGGGGAGGAGGGGGAGGAGGGGAAGCGGAAGAGGGGAGUGUGAGUGGGAGCAGCAGCAGGAGUGGAUUGGACAUGGAUAUGCUGAUGGGGGAGUUGCAGCAGCUGAGACAAGAGGCCCUUGCGAAGCAAGUAGCGGCCCAAGCUCAGUUCUGCAAGGUGCUGUGCGGUGCUGUGCUGUGCUCUCCCUCGCCAUGCCAUGGUGUAUCGUCUCAAGUCAAGUGCCGUGCUAGUGGCAUGGGCAUGGGGCGUGCUGCUGCUGCUGCUGUUGUGGUCAGAUCUAGACGAGGGAGUGGGGGAGCCGGGUAUGAUGCAGAGGUCUGGGAGGAUGGGGAGGAAGAUGAAGAGGAGGGGGAGGAGAGGGACGAUGGAGAAAGGGGCAGGAGUGGGCAGGCUCCUGGGCCUACCGCUGCUGUGGGGCAACCAUGUCUCGGUGGUGAUGGUGCUGAUGGUGAUGACCCCAUAGCAGGAAGCAUGGGAGACGGCAAUGCAGACCCCAACGGCAACAAUGGUGGAGAGGUGAGGACGCGGGAACCUGCUCUCCCACCCACCUCCUCCACCACGGGGUUCGUUCCCAAGGUCAUGGAGCGCGCCCGCCUUAAUGGCUUCCUCCAUUCCCCAUCCAACCCCACCUCCCUUCCCUCCCCUCCCCCCCCUCCCUUCCCUUCCCUCCCCUCCCCUCCCCUCCCCUCCCCUCCCCUCCCCUCCCCUCCCCUCCCGUCUCCUCCCCUCCCCUCCCCUCCCCUCCCCUUCCCUCCCCUCUCCUCCCCUCCCCUCCCCUCCCCUCCCCUCCCCUCCCCUCCCCUCCCCUCCCCUCCCCUCCCCUCCCCCCAUCCAACCUCACCGCCCUUCCAACCCCGUCCUCCCCCACAGCCUGUUGCAGACCCCAACGACGAUGCAGGAAGCUGCUCCUCCACCUCUUCAUUCGACUCCACGGAGUUUGUGCGCAAGGUCACGGAGCGCGCCCGCCUCGCUGCCUCCGCCUCUGCCAACGCUGCCUCUGCUGCUGCCGCCGGUGCUUGCAGCGCAGUAGAUGGGCACCACACACCCACAGACCUCUCCCCCAACAUCACCUCCUCCUCCUCCCUCCAUCCCCCUCCCAGCCACCACUCCUCCUCCCUCCACGCCCCUUCUCUCUCCGACUCUCUCGACCCCUCCGCCCAUGCCUCCUCCUCCGCAGAUUGCCGCCGCUUCUCCCUUCCCCAACUCCUCGAAUGCACCGAUGGCUUUUCCGACGGGAACCUUCUGGGAAGGGGUGCGUACGGUCCGGUAUACCGAGGCCAGCUGUUCGGGUGCCUGGUGGCAAUCAAGAAACUGGAACAGGGCAGCGACCAAGGUCCGGCGGAAUUCCGAACCGAAGUGGAGGUUCUGAGCAAGGUUCGGCACCCACACAUUGUGCUCUUAAUGGGUCACUGCCCGGAAGAAGCUUGUAUCGUGUACGAAUUCCUCCAGGGCGGGAAUCUCCAGGAGAGGAUCGUCCGGGCGGGGGACAACCCUCCGCCGCCCCUCCCCUGGCACGAUCGAAUCAGAAUCAUAUCGGAGAUCUCCGGCGCGCUGCUCUACAUGCACCGGCAUGACCCGCCGAUUCUCCACCGGGACUUAAAGCCCGACAACAUUCUCCUAGACGCCAACUCCAUCUCGAAAAUCGCCGACGUGGGCCGCGCUCGGCUGAUCCCCAACGAGGUCUCGGCAGUUACCUGGAAGGUGCGGGGCACAGCCGGGUACAUCGACCCAGAGGAGCUUCAAACGGGAGAGCUGUCGGUGAAAUCGGAUAUCUACGCGUUUGGUCUGAUCGCGCUGCAGCUGCUGACAGGGCUGAAGAAUGUGAAGCUGGUACACGGGUUGCUGGCGGCGUGCGGCACGGGCACGAGAAACACCGAGGAGGCGACAGAUUUGAUUGUGAAGAGCCUGGAUCGGUCGGCUGGGAAGUGGCCGGAGAGGCUAGUGAGGCGGGCGACGAGGGUGCUGGUGCGGUGUAUUGAGAGAAGGAGAGUGAAUAGGCCGGAUCUGGGAGGGGAGAUUCACCCGCUGCUGGGGGAGAUUGCAGAGGAGGCGAUGGAGGAGAAGAACAGGCGGGCUAAGGAGCUUGACGGGCGGUUGUGUGCCCUCUGUCUCAUGUAG